CGUCACUUCCUGCCGGGCUGCGGGCGCCGAGCGGCUCUUCGGCGUUUUCGCUGGCGGUCGUCGUGUCUCUGUGCGCUCCCCCUUCCUCUGACCCCCGGCCCGGCGGCGCCCGCCUCCUCCGCGGCCACCCCGCCUCUUCCCUUCCCCGGUCCUUUCUUCCUGGCCCUCCUUCUUUUCUCCUUCCCCCUCCUCGUCGCCGCCCAAGACCGCCGGCCGGGGGACGAGCUCUGGGGACGCAACCAGAAAAUAUAGCUACUACCAUUGAGCUCAAUGCACUGUGCCUGAAGCAGCAAAGAAAACCAAUGUAUAAGCCUGUGGACCCCCACUCUCGGAUGCAAUCCACCUACAGCUAUGGCAUGCGCGGAGGUGCCUAUCCACCCAGGUACUUUUACCCAUUUCCAGUUCCACCGUUACUCUACCAAGUUGAGCUUUCUGUGGGAGGACAGCCGUUUAAUGGGAAAGGAAAGACGAGACAAGCUGUGAAACAUGAUGCCGCUGUCAGAGCACUGAGGACUCUGCAGAAUGAGCCACCACCAGAGAGGCUGGAGAUGAAUGGAAGAGAAUCAGAGGAAGAAAACCUCAAUAAAUCAGAAAUAAGCCAAGUGUUUGAGAUUGCGCUGAAGCGGAAUUUGCCUGUGAAUUUCGAGUCUUUCCCUCUGACACAGGUGGCCAGGGAGAGUGGCCCACCUCAUAUGAAGAACUUUGUGACCAGGGUUUCAGUUGGGGAGUUUGUAGGGGAAGGAGAAGGGAAAAGCAAAAAGAUCUCCAAGAAGAAUGCGGCAAGGGCUGUGCUGGAACAGCUGAGGAGGCUGCCACCUCUGCCUGCUGUGGAACGAGUGAAGCCCAGAAUCAAGAAGAAAAGUCAACCCACAUGCAAGACAGCACCAGAUUAUGGCCAGGGGAUGAAUCCUAUUAGCAGACUGGCACAGAUCCAGCAGGCAAAAAAGGAGAAGGAACCAGAGUAUAUGCUCCUUACAGAACGAGGCCUUCCACGUCGCAGGGAGUUUGUGAUGCAGGUAAAGGUUGGCAAUCACACUGCAGAAGGAGCGGGUACCAAUAAGAAGGUGGCCAAGCGCAAUGCUGCUGAGAACAUGUUGGAGAUCCUGGGGUUCAAAGUCCCCCAGGCACAGCCUGCCAAGCCAGCACUCAAAUCAGAAGAGAAGACUCCAGUAAAGAAACCAGGAGACGGAAGGAAAGUAACGUUUUUUGAACCUAGCCCUGGGGAUGAAAAUGGAACUAGUAAUAAAGAGGACGAGUUCAGAAUGCCUUAUCUUAGCCAUCAGCAGCUGCCAGCUGGAAUCCUCCCCAUGGUGCCAGAGGUUGCCCAGGCUGUCGGGGUUAGUCAAGGACACCACACCAAAGAUUUCAACAGGGCAGCUCCAAAUCCUGCCAAGGCCACGGUAACUGCCAUGAUAGCCCGCGAGUUGUUGUACGGGGGCACCUCGCCCACAGCCGAGACCAUUUUAAAGAGUAACAUCUCUUCAGGCCACGUACCCCAUGGACCUCGCACAAGACCCUCAGAGCAACUCUACUACCUUUCCAGAGCCCAGGGAUUCCAGGUUGAAUACAAAGACUUCCCGAAGAACAACAAGAACGAGUGUGUUUCUCUUAUCAACUGCUCCUCGCACCCGCCUCUUGUCAGCCAUGGCAUAGGCAAGGAUGUAGAGUCGUGUCAUGAUAUGGCUGCACUCAACAUUUUAAAGCUGCUGUCUGAGUUGGACCAACAGAGUACAGAGAUGCCAAGAACAGGAAAUGGACCAGUGUCAGCGUGUGGGAGGUGCUGAACCUUUCUGGCCACAAACCAUUAUAAAACUCAACAUAUAUACUGAAAAUACUGAGAACUGCUUUAAAAACUCGGAAUUUCUGAUAACUCCAGUGGGCCAAGACAUGGUGGAUAAAAACGUGGCAGCGGUAGCAAAGAAGA